GAAAAAACCCGGAGCCGAGCCGCCUCCGGCCCCUGCGAGGCGGCCACGGCCUCAGCCGGGGGAGCCCUCCCUGAGGCGCGCCGGAGCGGGGAACGAGCGAGCGAGCGCGCGGGCCGGAGCGAGCCUCCAGGGGCCGCGGCCCCGGCCCGCCCCGCCGUCGGCCCGGGCGUCCGCGCUGGAGGCGGUGGAGGCGCCCCCACCCCCACCCCGCGCCGCGCCGCCGCCCCCCCCCCUCCCAGCGCCGGCGGAGGCCGAGGGACGGGCCGGGGGGCUCCUGCAGGAGGGCUGCUGGCCUGCUGCUGUGCUGCUGAACAGUAUGCAGUCGUUUCGGGAGCAAAGCAGUUACCACGGAAACCAGCAGAGCUACCCACAGGAGGUACACAGCUCAUCCCGAAUAGAAGAGUUCAGCCCUCGUCAGGCCCAGAUGUUCCAGAAUUUUGGGGGAGCAGGUGGUGGCAGUGGUGGCAGUGGCAGCAACAGUAGUGGACGACGAGGAACAGCAGCUGCUGCUGCAGCAAUGGCUAGCGAGACCUCAGGCCAUCAAGGCUACCAGGGUUUCAGGAAAGAAGCUGGAGAUUUUUACUACAUGGCAGGCAACAAAGACACCGUGGCAGCAGGAACCCCACAGCCUCCUCAGCGAAGGCCUUCUGGGCCUGUGCAGAGCUAUGGACCUCCCCAGGGGAGCAGCUUUGGCAGUCAGUAUGGGAGUGAGGGUCAUGUGAGCCAAUUUCAAGCACAGCACUCUGCCCUUGGUGGUGUGUCUCAUUAUCAGCAGGAUUACACCGGGCCUUUCUCUCCUGGGAGUGCUCAGUAUCAACAGCAGGCCUCCAGCCAACAACAGCAGCAGCAGCAGCAACAACAGCAAGUACAGCAGUUGAGACAACAGCUUUACCAGUCCCACCAGCCUUUGCCACAAGCUACUGGACAGCCAACCUCUGGCUCAUCCCAUCUACAGCCAAUGCAGCGCCCCUCAACUCUGCCAUCUUCUGCUGCUUAUCAAUUAAGAGUAGGUCAGUUUGGCCAACACUACCAGUCUUCUGCUUCUUCUUCUUCCACCUCCUCCUUUCCUUCACCACAGCGUUUUAGUCAGUCUGGACAAAGCUAUGAUGGCAGUUACAGUGUAAAUGCUGGAUCUCAGUAUGAAGGGCAUAAUGUGGGUUCUAAUGCACAGGCGUAUGGGGCGCAAUCAAAUUAUAGCUAUCAACCUCAGUCUAUGAAAAAUUUUGAACAGGCAAAGAUUCCACCAGGAUCCCAGCAGGGGCAGCAGCAGCAACAGCAGCAGCCACAACCUCAGCAGCAGCAGCAGCAGCAACAACAACAACAGCAGCAACAGCAGCAGCAACAACAGCAGCAGCAGCAACAUCCCCCCCAGCAUGUGAUGCAGUACACCAAUGCUGCCACCAAGCUGCCCCUGCAAAGCCAGGUGGGGCAGUACAACCAGCCUGAGGUUCCUGUGAGGUCCCCUAUGCAGUUUCACCAGAACUUCAGCCCUAUUUCUAACCCUUCUCCAGCUGCUUCUGUGGUGCAGUCUCCAAGCUGUAGCUCUACCCCUUCUCCUCUCAUGCAGAGUGGCGAGAAUCUCCAGUGUGGGCAAGGCAAUGUGCCCAUGGGUUCCAGAAACCGAAUUUUACAGCUAAUGCCCCAACUCAGUCCAACCCCAUCAAUGAUGCCCAGUCCUAAUUCCCAUGCUGCAGGAUUCAAAGGGUUUGGAUUAGAAGGGGUGCCAGAAAAGCGGCUGACAGAUCCUGGGUUGAGUAGUUUGAGUGCUCUGAGUACUCAAGUGGCCAAUCUUCCUAAUACUGUGCAGCACAUGUUACUUUCUGAUGCCUUGACACCUCAGAAGAAGACUUCCAAGAGGCCCUCAUCAUCAUCUAAGAAAGCAGAUAGCUGUACAAACUCAGAGGGUUCCUCGCAGCCUGAAGAACAACUGAAGUCCCCUAUGGCAGAAUCAUUAGAUGGAGGCUGCUCCAGUAGUUCAGAAGACCAAGGUGAGAGAGUGAGGCAACUAAGUGGCCAGAGCACUAGCUCCGACACCACCUACAAGUGUGGAACUUCAGAGAAAGCUGGCUCCUCACCCACACAAGGUGCUCAGAAUGAGGCCCCUAGGCUCAGUACCAGUCCUGCAACUAGGGAAGAAGCUGCCUCUCCAGGUGCUAAGGACACAUCACUGUCAUCUGAGGGGAACACAAAAGUCAAUGAGAAGACAGUUGGGGUGAUUGUCUCUCGGGAAGCCAUGACAGGUCGGGUAGAAAAAUCUGGUGGACAAGAUAAAGGCUCCCAGGAGGAGGAUCCUGCCACCGGUCAGAGACCACCUAGCAAUAGUGGUAUAAAGGAAGUCAGCCACACAUCACUUCCACAGCCAGAUCCUCCAGGAGGAGGGAGCAAAGGAAACAAGAAUGGUGAUAGCUCUAAUCACAAUGGAGAAGGGAAUGGCCAGAGCAGCCACUCUGUAGUAGGCCCAAGUUUCACAGGCAGGACUGAGCCUAGCAAAUCUCCUGGAAGUUUGCGCUAUAGUUACAAAGAGAGUUUUGGGUCAGCUGUAUCACGAAAUGUCAGUGGCUUUCCUCAAUAUUCUUCAGGACAAGAAAAGGGAGAUUUUGUCAGCCAUGGGGAGCGAAAGGGUAGAAAUGAGAAGUUCCCAAGUCUUCUACAGGAAGUGCUUCAGGGUUACCACCACCAUCCUGACAGAAGGUAUCCUAGAAGCGCUCAGGAACAUCAAGGGAUGGCUAGUGGCCUGGAAGGAACUGCAAGGCCCAACAUUUUAGUCAGCCAAACCAAUGAAUUAGCCAGCCGGGGCCUUCUGAACAAGAGCAUUGGAUCCCUGUUAGAAAAUCCCCACUGGGGACCAUGGGAAAGGAAGUCAGGCAGCACAGCUCCUGAAAUGAAACAGAUCAAUUUGUCUGACUAUCCCAUUCCCAGAAAGUUUGAGAUAGAACCUCCAUCAUCAGCCCAUGAGCCUGGGGGCUCCCUUUCUGAAAGGCGGUCAGUGAUCUGUGAUAUUUCCCCACUAAGACAGAUUGUCAGGGACCCAGGGGCGCACUCAUUGGGACACAUGGGUGCUGAUGCCAGAAUUGGGAGGAAUGAACGUCUCAACCCAAGUUUAGGUCCAUCAGUCAUUCUUCCUGGUGGGUUGGUAUCCAUGGAAGCAAAACUGAAAUCCCAGAGUGGACAGAUAAAAGAGGAAGACUUUGAACAAUCAAAAUCUCAAGCUAGUUUCAACAAGAAAUCUGGAGAGCACUGCCAUCCUACCAGCAUCAAACAUGAGACUUAUCGUGGCAAUGCCAGCCCUGCAGCAGCAGCACAUGAUUCCAUUUCAGACUAUGGCCCACAAGACAGCAGGCCCACACCAAUGCGGCGGGUCCCUGGUAGAGUUGGUAGCCGGGAAACUAUGAGGGGUCGGUCCUCUUCUCAGUAUCAUGACUUUGCAGAAAAAUUGAAGAUGUCUCCAGGCAGGAGCAGAGGCCCAGGGGGAGACCCUCAUCACAUGAACCCACAUAUGACCUAUUCAGAGAGGGCCAACAGGAGUUCUCUACAUGCGCCUUUUUCUCCAAACUCAGAAAGCCUGGCCUCUGCUUACCACACAAACACCAGGGCUCAUGCUUAUGGGGACCCUAAUACUGGUUUGAAUUCCCAGCUUCAUUAUAAGAGACAGAUGUACCAACAGCAACAAGAGGAGUAUAAAGAUUGGGCCAGCAGUUCUGCUCAGGGAGUUAUUGCUGCUGCACAGCAUAGACAGGAAGGACCACGGAAGAGCCCACGGCAGCAGCAGUUCCUUGACAGAGUACGGAGCCCCUUGAAAAAUGACAAAGAUGGUAUGAUGUAUGGCCCACCAGUAGGUACGUACCAUGACCCAAGCACUCAGGAAGCUGGGCGCUGUCUCAUGUCUAGUGAUGGUCUGCCUACCAAAGGCAUGGAAUUGAAGCACAGCUCUCAGAAGUUACAAGAGUCUUGUUGGGAUCUUUCUCGACAGACUUCUCCAGCCAAAAGCAGUGGUCCUCCAGGAAUGUCCAAUCAAAAACGGUAUGGGCCACCCCAUGAGACAGAUGGACAUGGACUAGCUGAGUCCACACAGUCAUCCAAACCUAGUAAUGUAAUGUUACGGCUUCCGGGUCAAGAGGAUCAUUCUUCUCAAAAUCCCUUAAUCAUGCGGCGGCGAGUCCGUUCUUUUAUCUCCCCCAUUCCCAGUAAGAGACAGUCACAAGAUGUAAAAAACAGUAACACCGAUGAUAAAGGGCGCCUCCUCCACCCAUCCAAAGAAGGUGUCGAUAAAGCAUACAAUUCCUACACCCAUCUUUCUCAUAGUCAGGACAUCAAGGCUAUCCCUAAGAGAGAUGCCUCCAAGGACCUUCCAAACCCAGACAAUAGAAACUGUCCUGCUGUCACCCUCACAAGCCCUGCUAAGACCAAAAUACUCCCCCCACGGAAGGGACGGGGAUUGAAAUUGGAAGCUAUAGUUCAGAAGAUCACAUCCCCAAAUAUUAGGAGGAGUGCAUCCACAAACAGUGCUGAGGCUGGAGGAGAUACAGUCACACUGGAUGAUAUACUGUCUCUGAAAAGUGGUCCUCCUGAAGGUGGGACUGUGGCCACUCAAGAGGCCGAGAUGGAGAAGAGAAAAGGUGAAGUGAUAUCUGACCUAGUCAGUGCAACGAACCAGGAAUCAAACGUUGAAAAGCCUCUUCCAGGGCCUUCCGAAGAGUGGCAUGGCAGUGGGGAUGACAAAGUCAAGACAGAGGCACAUGUAGAAACAGUUCCUACUGGAAAGGAACCCUCUGGUACUAUGACAUCCACAGCUUCACAGAAGCCUAGUGGUAACCAAGGGAGACCAGAUGGCUCUCUGGGUGGGGCAGCACCACUAAUCUUUUCUGACUCAAAGAAUGUAGCUCCAGUGGGCAUAUUGACCCCUGAGGCAAACCCCAAGUCCGAAGAGAAGGAGAAUGAUGCAGUCAUGAUUUCACCCAAACAAGAAAGUUUCCCACCAAAAGGGUAUUUCCCAUCAGGAAAGAAAAAGGGGAGACCCAUUGGUAGUGUGAAUAAGCAAAAGAAGCAGCAGCAGCAGCCACCUCCACCUCCUCAACCCCCUCAGAUACCAGAAGGUUCUGCAGAUGGAGAGCCAAAGCCAAAAAAGCAGAGGCAGAGGAGGGAGAGAAGAAAGCCUGGGGCCCAGCCAAGGAAGCGGAAAACCAAACAAGCAGUUCCCAUUGUAGAACCUCAAGAACCAGAGAUUAAGCUAAAGUAUGCUACCCAGCCACUAGAUAAAACUGAUGCCAAGAACAAGUCUUUUUUCCCUUACAUCCAUGUAGUAAAUAAGUGUGAACUUGGAGCUGUUUGUACAAUCAUUAAUGCUGAAGAAGAAGAACAGACCAAAUUGGUGAGGAACCGGAAGGGUCAGAGAUCUCUGACCCCUCCCCCCAGCAGCACAGAAAGCAAGGUGCUCCCAGCUUCAUCCUUUAUGCUGCAGGGGCCUGUGGUAACAGAAUCUUCUGUUAUGGGGCACCUGGUUUGUUGUCUCUGUGGCAAGUGGGCCAGUUACCGGAACAUGGGUGACCUCUUUGGACCCUUUUAUCCCCAAGAUUAUGCAGCCACUCUUCCGAAGAAUCCACCUCCUAAAAGGUCCACAGAAAUGCAGAACAAGGUCAAGGUUCGGCACAAAAGCGCUUCUAAUGGUUCUAAAACUGACACUGAGGAGGAAGAGGAGCAGCAGCAGCAGAAGGAGCAGAGGAGCCUGGCUGCUCAUCCUAGGUUCAAGCGGCGCCACCGCUCAGAAGACUGUGGUGGAGGCCCUCGGUCCCUGUCCAGGGGACUCCCUUGUAAAAAAGCAGCCGCUGAUAGCAGCAGCGAAAAGACUGUUUUGGACACAAAGCCCUCUGUUUCUACCACUUCAGAAGGUGGUCCUGAGCUGGAGUUACAAAUCCCUGAACUACCUCUUGACAGCAACGAAUUUUGGGUCCACGAGGGUUGUAUUCUCUGGGCCAAUGGAAUCUACCUGGUCUGUGGCAGGCUCUAUGGCCUGCAGGAAGCGCUGGAAAUCGCCAGAGAGAUGAAAUGCUCCCACUGCCAGGAGGCUGGCGCUACUUUGGGCUGCUACAACAAAGGCUGCUCCUUCCGAUACCAUUACCCAUGUGCCAUUGACGCAGAUUGUUUGCUGCAUGAGGAGAACUUCUCGGUGAGGUGCCCCAAGCACAAGGGAGAGAGGAUAGUGAUAAACUCAGGAGGAACUGACGACAAGACCUCGGCAAAUACUGAGCACACUGGCCACUGCAUGCUACCAGCUGUGUGUUUCCGAGAGCUACAGCUUCUCUGUCGAGCUAGGGGCUAAAAGUUGCCACGCCAGCAGGUAGGGGUGUGCACUUGUCUCCACCAAGCUAAGAACAUAGAAUAAGGGAAGUCUCUGGACAGCUGCCCAGGAGGUCACCUCCUCUCCCCCCACCCCACCCCCAUUUCUGAGAAUGAGAAAGCAUUAUGAUAGGCCUGUAGUGUUGAGAUUGUUAUUCUCUGGCUUUAUUGCAGGUUUGGACAGGGGCUCCUCUACAUGGCUUCCCUAAAGUGGCGCCCUGUCCUGGGUGCUAGAUACACCCACCCACAUGCCCUGCACAGAGCAGCCAUGGAAAAAAAGGAGUGGCAUCUUCCCUGCUCCCUCUGAGCAACACACAGCCCAUCCACAGAUGAAUAAGUGUUACCCCAACCCUAUGUUCAUCCAGGAAAGUGUUGCUGGGGUUACGCCUCCAAAAGGAUACCCUUAGUCUCUCGCAUCUCCCUUAUAACCUAAGCCGAUACUGGGUCAGAAUUAGGUUUCUCUCAGUUCUUCCCUCUAGGUAAGAAUCACAGGUACUUCAGAGAGGAGGCUACCUCUGAAUCUUGGCAUAGUUGAUCUGAGUGAUGCUUGCUGCAGUUGGGAGAAACGGGCUGAGAGUUUGGUGUGGAAGGAUGCAAAGGAAGCCCUCUCAGGUUCAGGCCACAAGUUAUAUGGGGCGAGUCCAGAGAGAAGCUCCACCUGCUGAACAUCAGAAGCUCAUUGUUUUGUAGUUGUGGAGAUAGAUCCCAAGUUCCAGGCAAGAGCUUUGCUACUGAGCUACCCUUGUCACAUCACCAUUCUUGGAUAAACAUUUUGGCUUUCCAGUAUCAACUUCCCUUAUUCCCCUAAGUGUUAGGAUUAGAGACAGUAGCCACAUGCUCAGUGAGAUUUCUUCACGUUGAAAUGGCAGAGAACUCACUUGACAUAAGACUGAGGCAUAGCUACCUCCUCUCAGCCAUGUCUUACAAAAUGAAACAAAGUACAUGCAACCUAGUUAGCAAAAGAUUGGGUAGCUGUAUCCUCUAAUUCUGCAUUGAACUAGCUGCGUGCUUUGUCCGAAAGAGUCUCCUUCCUGAAGUUGAGCUUCCCCUUGAAGAUGGAGUAAAGGUACCUUUGUGCAGUCAUAAAGCACCUGUAUCCCCAGAGCUGGGUCUGGAUUGCAGAAUGGGUUGCACUGUGUAUACUGCUGCCUCUACCAAGUGUCUUCCUCUUUGCUGGUCUUUUCUGUGAAGUAUUUAGCAAGGGCAGGUGUACAUCCACGUGCUUAUGAAUGGUGCUUUCUUAGGUCCUGCACACACCCCUUCCUUCUUAGCUGUUGCUGUUGGUAAACUUUGUGGAAGCAGAUAACAGAUGGUGGGCCUGAUUUUUCCUCAAGUUUAUCUGUUGGUGGUGAGAAAAGGAGAGACUUGAAGAAAAGACAGAGAAAUCUCAAGAGACACACAGUUGCUGACUAUGCAGUGAUUAGCAGAAAGCAAGGAUGAGAGUGAGUUGUCAUCAACAAUGGCUUUUGGUGUAAUUUUUCUGGACUAAUUCCUUGGAAACUCAUGUCUCCCUAAGCCCUUCUGACGUAAGGCAGACGAUGUGACACUCCUCAGAGUCUUGUUGAACAAUCCAUUUGCCCUACAUGGGUCAUAUAAACAACCUCCUGAAACCUGAAAUGGUAGAAGAGAGAUGGCAAGGGGCCUCUUGAGCACCUCAGGCUCCUGGGGAGCCAGCAGAAUUGAAACCUCCAGCUUGAUGGAGGCUCCAGAAAAUGGGCUAGCGCCUAUCCCACCUCCCCAUCAGAGACUCUGAGAAGUGUUAGUUGUAUAAAGAACAGACUCAACUAGAGACAGCUGGGUGGGUGCUGUAGAUUUUAUUGACAAGGUACUCUUAGUCACUUUUAUGAGGGCUGAGCCUUGCCACAAAUUGCUGAGCCAACCAUAGACCCUCAGUGCAUACUAUGCUGCCAAAGAUUCACACACCAUACUCUCAAACAGGACCCAGCCAAAGAAGUCAAGAAAUCCUCUCCUGUUUUGGCCCCUUCCAUGUAAGGCCCAUUAGCUUGGGUCAUUGCUGCCUUAACACACGUUUGGUCCAGGCCAUAUGAUAGUGCAGAUACUGAGCUUGAAUGUGUUCAAAAUCAACAGAAAGGCCUGAGAUCCCUGUUGAAAGCCAUACCAUAGCUGUGCACAGACCGUAUAGAACCUCCCAUCACCCAGUG